GGGGACCAGUCGCGUAAUGUUGGCUGAAAAAAACAAGCCCAUUGUGCGAAAUAUGGAUGACACCCACCUGGUAUUUAAAUAGUAUAACCCGCACGCCGCCGGAGACGCAAAUCAUUUCAUAAGCAUCUUUCACAGUUUAUCAAAAAGUUUAUUUUAUCCAGUUUUUGCAUAACAGUUAUAUUUUUAAAUACAAAAUGCCGACAUACGAGUUAGCUCUGAUACUUCGACAAAUGCCAAGACCGGAAAUGAUUUCGGUGCUGAAACGCACAGCUGAUGCCAUCUUCGACAAGGGUGGCAUUAUUCGCAAGUUGGACAAUUUGGGGACACGGCCAUUGCCGUUCAAAACCAGCGUCCACGGCCUAGUGCACCGGACGGGGUCAUAUUUUGUGGUUAAAUUCGAUACCCCACCUGCCAAGGUGGAGGAUCUGGAGGAGGAAUAUGGUCGUGACGUAGACAUAAUCCGGAAGCGAAUCUAUAAAGCGGAUGCUACCCUUCAGGAAGAGGUAAGCUGCACAUUUCAUGAAGAAAUGCUUCCUCCAGCUUAUAGGAAGGAUGUUCAGCAAAUGAUUGCUACCGCAAAUAAAAACAAAAAGAAAGGAUUCCAAUACAAUACUGGGUAUGAUUAUUAUCCUUUCCAAAAAUAGGAUAAUACCUAGUUCAAACAAUGUUUUUUUUGUCAAUAGAUGUUUUAGUACCUAUAUCAAAA